GGAAGACCAUAACUUGACCUACUUAGCCACAAAUAUUUUAGCUAUUUUGUUUUCAAUAUUUAUCUGGCAUGGUAAAUCUAGCCGAAGAUCAGAGCUACCACUAGUCCAUACUCAAGGUUCUAGAUCUAGAUGCAACAACAGUAGACUUCUAGGUUUAUAAAUCUAGAUUUUGAUCUGUUAUCACGAGAUCUAGGAUUUCCCAAAGACUAGAGUAAGGGAAGUUCUGACUGUUGAGGCGUUAAUAUGUACAACAUUAUCGACCUUUUAGAGGGCCAAGCAAGGUCAAGUUUGUCGGCAAAGAUUUUUCUGUGUCAGCUGCUCAAGCAGGAAAGGAAAAUGGAUCUUUGGCCAGACUGAUAAAAUAAAAAACACCACUAGAAGGUACCUCACUUGAUUCACUAGGCAAAAUCUACAAGGAUUUAACAAACUACACAAAAAUGAACCGUCCAACAUUCUCAGAGAAGUCUAUGAUAACUUCUGAAGUGGAAGAAACUGAUGGUACUACUACAACCUACUUUCAAACAUUCAUGGAUCUGUUAAAACAGUACUGGUCAAAGCUUAUCACCAUAACAAAUCAGAACCUCAUCAUAGAUUACUUUCACAAAGACAGGUAUAACAUCACCAAGUGGUUUGAACUCAUCAAACAAAGUCAAGUCAUAAGCUACCUGCAAAAGAUUAACCUAGAAGGUCAGGACAUUGACCUUAUUUUAAGCAAUCAGUCAAGCCAUGAACAAUUCAAGGAUGCUCUUGUCUUCACCAGUGUUGUUUUAAGUUACAGUAACAAUCUACUGGAGGUACUCAAGGAACCUUUGCAAUUAGAGAAGAUCUCCACUGAGAUGAAACCAUUCUAUCAAGUUGUAGAGACAGUCUCCAAGGCUAUCUCCAUGUUCCAAGCUCUCAUGCCAUGGUCUUUCUCUGUGUGUCUGAUACAAUUAGACAGCCAAAUGGACAAACUCAAAGCUGCAAUAGAAAACAUGAGCUUCAAUUUUGAUGACCAGCAGCUUGCUGAACUAGAAUUGAGUCAAACUCUGGUUGUGUCUGAUGUUGAUAUAUUGUGUUGUGUAUUGGGACUUCAAACCAAAUUUUCACAAUUUGCUAAACAUGUGAGUGUGGACAUGUGGUUACAUGACCUACAGCGAAACCAAGUUGUGAAUUGGUUGGAACGUAACAGUGAAGGGGAAUCUCUGCCUCAAGCUGACCGUAACAGUGAAGGGGAAUCACUGCCUCAAGCUGACCGUAACAUUGAAGGGGAAUCUCUGCCUCAAGCUGACUGUAACAGUGAAGGGGAAUCUCUGCCUCAAGCUGACCGUAACAGUGAAGGGGAAUCUCUGCCUCAAGCUGACCGUAACAGUGAAGGGGAAUCUCUGCCUCAAGCUGACCGUAACAGUGAAGGGGAAUCUCUGCCUCAAGCUGACCGUAACAGUGAAGGGGAAUCUCUGCCUCAAGCUGACCGUAACAGUGAAGGGGAAUCUCUGCCUCAAGCUGACCGUAACAGUGAAUGGGAAUCUCUGCCUCAAGCUGACCGUAACAGUGAAGGAGAAUCUCUGCCUCAAGCUGACCGUAACAGUGAAGGGGAAUCUCUUCCUCAAGCUGACCGUAACAGUGAAGGGGAAUCUCUGCCUCAAGCUGACUGUAACAGUGAAGGGGAAUCUCUGCCUCAAGCUGACCGUAACAGUGAAGGGGAAUCUCUGCCUCAAGCUGACCGUAGCAGUGAAGGGGAAUCUCUGCCUCAAGCUGACUGUGAAGCCAUGUCCUCAGCUAACACACUGAGGAAAAAACUGCUAUUGCUGGGGUUUACAUCAUGGAAGGCAGCAUCAAUAGCAGAAAACAUUUCUGAAGAUUGGAUCAACCAUCAGUCAGCUUUAGAGGUGGCCACAACUCACAUCUUAGACAUGUUCCAAUGUCAUCCUGUGUUAACUGUGGCCAGUGGAUUUCCUUACACCAGUACAUUAACUGAUGCAUUGUUUGACCAAACCGUUGAACAUCUCACGAGGACGCCAAAACACGCACAAGAAAGAGCCAUAAACAAGUCCAAAAGACCUGCAGUUAUUGUGUACAACAUUACUGAGGUGACCCUUCAAAAAUUCUCUGGACUCAACCUUUUUGAUGACAUUAAUUCUUGGCGUACAACAGUGAAAUACUGCCAGAACGGCUAUGAAGGACUAAUGCCUGACAAUUUUUCUGAUUUUCACAUUGUCACUGGACCAGUGUGCAGUAACACAGGGGAUGUAAAAGAAAGUUAA